AUGCUUCUACAAAAUGAAGAUGUCAUCAAUUACAAUGUUGACUGGUUGAGGCGUUUUAGAGGAAACAGUCGGUUGGUGUUGAGACCGAAAACUACAGAACACAUCUCAAAAAUUUUAAAAUAUUGCAAUGAGAGGAGGCUGGCAGUGGUACCUCAGGGUGGAAACACAGGUCUUGUCGGCGGCUCCGUACCCCUUUUUGAUGAAAUCAUCCUUUCUACCCAACUGAUGAAUGAGAUUAUAAAUUUUGAUUGUAAUAGUGGCGUCCUAACCUGCCAAUCAGGAUGUGUGUUGGAGAAUCUUUCGGCGAACGUCAGUGAACACGGAUACAUGAUGCCACUGGAUCUGGGAUCAAAGGGAUCAUGCAACAUCGGCGGAAAUAUAUCAACAAACGCGGGAGGAAUUCGAUUGAUUCGUUUCGGAUCUCUUCAUGGAUCGACACUUGGACUGGAAGCGGUAACAGCGGAUGGGUCGGUGAUUGACUGUCUGACAUCUAUGAGGAAAGAUAAUGUUGGCUACCACUUGAAGCACCUUUUCAUCGGCUCCGAAGGCACUCUUGGCAUUGUCACCAAAGUUUCCAUCCUCUGUCCCAAGGCACCAUCGUCCGUUAAUUUGGCUCUUUUAGGUUGUUCAAACUUCGAUGACGUUCUGAAGAUUUUAGCUUUAACCAAAUCAAACUUGGGUGAAAUCCUGUCAGCCUUCGAGUUUUUAGAUGCCGUCUCUAUGAGAUGUUCUGAGCGAUAUCUAAGCCAAAAAUGUCCAAUCCAGAGUGCGCCAUUCUACGUUUUGAUAGAGACGUCGGGUUCAAAUGACGAUCACGACCAAGAGAAGUUGGGUGGUCUGCUGGAGGCUGUUAGUUCAUCUGGACUGAUUGUUGAUGGCACUCUAGCUACCGAUCUCUCCAAAAUUUCGACACUAUGGAAGCUUCGUGAAUCAAUUACACUGGGAUUGUUGGAGGAUGGUUUCUGUUACAAAUACGAUGUCUCCUUACCACUCUCGUCUUUCUACGACAUCGUCACACUGAUGGAGGAUAAACUGAAAGAACUGCCGUAUUUGAAAGUGUGUGGCUACGGUCAUGUGGCCGAUGGCAAUCUCCAUUUCAACGUCACCAGUCGAAUAUAUGACGAACGGAUUUCCGGAACGAUUGAGAAGGAGCUGUACAAGUUCGUGGCGAGUGCUGGCGGCAGCAUCAGUGCGGAGCAUGGGGUUGGCCAGUUCAAGCGAGACCACAUGACGGACGUUAAAUCCCCCGAAGUUCUAUCUCUCAUGAGAAAUAUCAAAAGCAUAAUGGAUCCCCACUGCAUUCUCAAUCCUUAUAAAGUUAUUCCUUAG